GCUGUAACAUGCACCAUCCUAGAGUCUGCCCCUACGCUGCCCACUGCGGGACUGACACCGGCUCCAACUCGGGUACUUCCGCCACACGGACCCCUCCGCCUUUUUCGUUCCAACUUUAAUUUCUCCGGAGGCCCGAACACCGUUACAGGUCCGAAGCCGGCUGGUUGUAAGGAAGUACUGCGGCGGCCCGGAAACACUACCCACCAAGCCUGGUGGCGAGGUCGCUGAGCUGGGCCGGGGAAGCCGUGACAGUGCUCAGAGAGGCGGGGACCCGUUCCCUUCACUCGGCGACACUCUACUGUCUCAGAGCACCGGGACCCUCCCCGGCGCGCAAAAGCGACGGCAGCUCCCCGCUCGGGGAGAGCGGACUUGUUCACUGAAAAUGAUCAGAGCGCAUUGUCUCACCGGGCGAGGAGUGGGUACCAACCAGAGGAGAGCCACAGGGAGAAGGACCCGGCCUGUCAUUCGCCGCCCCGCCCUCUGUCGCUGCCCCGCGUUAAUUGGACGCUCACACCCCGCCCUGGCCUUAGUGCGGCCGCCAAGGUCACGGAAUUUGGGAGUUUGUUCUCCACGGACGGAGCUGCACCCAGGAGUGUAACAGGGUGACAAUAUCGAGCAUGGCACCUGUAUGGGCUCAGAUUGCUGGAUUUGCCACAUUUCCUCAUGUUGGGGGAUUUUUGGGAUGGUAUGUUACAAGAUCACAAGUCACGACAUGGUAUGAGAGCCUGAAGAAGCCGUCGUGGUGUCCACCUAAUAAGGCGUUCCCUGUAGCAUGGACUGCAUUGUACACAGGAAUGGGCUAUGCAUCGUACCUGGUGUGGAAAGAGCAAGGAGGUUUCACACGUGAAGCACUUGCCCCACUUGGCAUCUAUGGGAUUCAGCUGGCUUUAAAUUGGACCUGGACUCCAAUAUUUUUUGGUGCACACAGACUAAAGCUGGCUUUGGCCAAUAUUCUUUGUCUGGACGGAGCUGUAAUAGCAACAAUGGUUUCCUGGUAUCCCAUCAACAGGACAGCCACAUUACUCAUGGCACCAUAUCUUGCCUGGCUGACACUUGCCUCAUGUCUUACCUAUUGUAUCUGGAGGGACAACCCUGAAAAGAAAACAAAGUGAGAAUGCAGUUCAGUGGGUGGAGCACCUGCCUGUCAUGGUCCUUCCAACCUAGUCCGCCAAACACAAAGGACAAAUUGCUGGGGAGAGUAUGACCGCUGUGCUUCUUGUUUGUUUGUGAUACUAUAGAAUACAGACUUGAAAUUGCUGAAUGUUUGUGCCAGGUUAAUGUGUGAAAUGUGGACUAACAACUUUUAAAAAAGGAACUUGGAGCAUUUGAAACUUGCCCCUUUAAUACUUCUAGUACAUUAUUGGAGAGGAAAAGAUUUCGGAGAGACAAACUCCAGACGGUAGUGUAGUGCUUGGCACCGUGGUAAUGUAGUGGUUAGUGCGACACUACUACAGCUUGGGGUGUUUCAGAGUUCAGAGUUCAGCUCAGAUUCCUCUGUUGGGAGUCUCUCUAUGUCCUCCCCGUGGAAUGUGUGAGUUUCUCUGGGUGCUCUGGUUUCCUCCUACAGUCUAAAGGCUCACUAGGUAGGUUAAUUGGUCAUUGUAAAUUGUCCCGUGAUUAGGUUAGGGUUAAAUUUGACUUGUUGGGGGUUGCUGGACAGUGUGGCUGGAAAGGUCUGUUCUAUGCUGUAUCUCUAAAUAAAUAAAUAGAAAAUAAAUAAA